UUAGGUUUGUUCCCCUCGGCUUGUUUAAGACUUCUCAUAAUUACUGCCGACACGUAGCAGUUUCAUAAUCAUCGUCUAUUUCCUUCCAUCGACUUCCAACGGACAAUAUGAGAAUCACUUUCCUUCUCGCUCUUGCCACCAGCGUUGUGUCAGUAUCGGCUCUCAGAGGCGGAUACAAGGACGCCUGUUGGGUGAGUUUCUUAUACGACCACGGCGAAAUGUACGGUCAGUUUGCCGCGACGUGUUGGACGGAUCCUGGCGAUAUCAACACAUACAGAGGGACCACCAUAGACCUCAACCACUGCCUUGUCAAUCGCCAUGGACUUCUCGGCUGGGGACCAAAUGGCCAAGCAAUGAAGACCUGCAACUGCAGGAGUCGCGCAGGCAAGACAAAGGUCAUAGACUGCGCGUGCAGGACUGGGAAUGGCUCGGAGACUCUCUUCAAUUCAAUCGACCUGAAUGAAGGCAUCUACACGACCCCCGACGCUCACCUGGCGUGUUUCGACAUCGUCGGCCACAAAAGCAAUUAUUAGGCAAGGUGGCCAUGCCAGUGGGGGCAGAAGAAUUUGAUGAAUUUGGUUAGGGAUACGGAUCCGUAUAAAGUCUAGUAAUGGGGUUCUCAACACUCGGAGGAACUCGCGGUCAAAUAUCCAGCUUGCGAAUGAGAGAGGGCCA